CACCCAUAACAAUUCUUUUUUCCUAACCUCUCACGCAGAAUCACGCGUGGGUGCUUAUACGUCAUUGAAACUUAAAACGCAUCUUUCUUAGUUUUUUGGGUUUCGUUUAUAUUAAAUUUUAUAGAUUACGUUCCUUUAUGCAAGGAUGUGAUCAAACGAAUACGUGAAUGAACGAUUAAUUCAAUAAAUUGUGUUAAAAUAUUUAAUGUAUUGACUGAAGAUCUUGUUUGCAAUAAAAAUAAUAUGGCUGAAGGAAAUAAUGUAGUUCUUGAAGACGAUAAGAAGUAUUAUUUGGAAGAAAAUCAAAGGAUCAUCGACAGGGCCCCUUUUAAACAUUUAAAGAUCGACAAUGCACAAAUUUUAGAUACUGUUGAGGGUAGAAAAAUAUGUGAAAAUUGUUAUAGGUCGAGAAAAUUUUUUUGUUAUACAUGUUUUACUCCUAUGAUCGAUGAAAAAUAUUUUCCACGCUUGAAGCUACCUGUAAAAAUAGAUAUUAUUAAACAUCGUAGAGAAAUAGAAGGAAAAAGUACAGCUGUCCAUGCUGCCGUAUUAGCCCCUGAUGACGUAAAGAUAUAUAUUUAUCCAGAUUUUCCUGAAAUGGUAAAGAACGAAGAGACUGUUCUCAUUUUUCCUAGCAAAACUGCUGUAAGUAUCAGUAGCUUACUUGUUAAGGAAGUUAAACAAGAUGGGAAAAGUUUUUUAGAAAGAAUUGGAAGGAAUGAAUAUCCAAUAAAGAGAGCAAUUUUUAUCGAUAGUACAUGGCAUCAAACAAAGUCGAUAUAUAAAGAUCAAAGAUUUAGAGAUUUAAGAUGUAUCAUUUUAAAAUCAAGAAUGUCACAAUUCUGGCGACACCAAAAGAAAAGCCCAAGAUGGUAUUUGGCAACAAUAGAAGCGAUUCAUCAAUUUUUAGUAGAACUUCAUACAUGUGCCUUUGAUAUAAUAGAAUGUACAUAUAGAGAAGAGAAUAAGGAUAAUUUAAAAAUUGGAGAAUUAAAUACAUCUAAUAUAUCUAAUUCUAAUCAAAAGUAUGAUGGCCGAUACGACAAUCUUUUAUACUUCUUUAAAUAUAUGUAUGAAAAGAUUCACACUAUAUAUGAUCAUGAAAAAUUAUUGGCAUAUAAAAGACCUCUAAUAUAAUACAUAUAAAUAAAUAUAUUCAAUAAA